GCUCACCUAAACCUGUCUUAUUUACACAUUGGAGGAGGAGGUGAUCGUGAUCAUCAGGAAGAGGUUAUUGAUUUGAUUAUCAAAAUGCCUUCCUUCAAUCUCAAUGUGUUGAUGACCCUUGUGCUUGGCUUGCUUAGCCUUAGCAGUUUGAGUGAAGCUGAAUACCGCUACAACGUCUGUUCUAACACAACCAGUUUCACUCCCAACAGCACCUACGAAUUAAAUCUUAAUCUCCUCCUCUCCUCUCUCACCUCCAACGCCACCCGUGAACUCGGUUUCUACAACACCACUGCCGGCUCCCAAGAUCCCAACGCUGCAGUUUACGGUUCCUUUCUAUGCCGUGCUGAUCUCACAUCCGAUGCAUGCAAAGAUUGUGUAGCCACCGCAGCCAGAGAAACGGUCAAAAAGUACUGCCCCUUAAGAAAAGUCACUAUAAUUUGGUACGAUGAUUGCAUGUUACGCUACUCAAACGUGUCUUUUUUCGGCAAUAUGGAUGAAGCCCCAGGAGUUUCUUUGUUGAACGUGGCAAAUAUUCCUGAUCCAAACCGGUUUAAUGACGUACUGUUGGAAACAAUCACUGGCUUGGUGCCUGUGGCAGCAAAUGCGACCUCCGGAGCUAAAAAGUUUGCGGCAAAAGAAGCAAACUUUACAGCGUUGCAGGAGUUGUACAGCCUUGUGCAAUGCACUCCGGACCUGUCAAGCACCGCCUGUGAUCGGUGUCUUCGAGCAGCUAUUGCAGAUCUUCCGGCUUGUUGUUAUGGGAAGCAAGGAGGAAGAGUUUUGUAUCCUAGUUGUAAUGCUAGAUAUGAAAUUUAUCCAUUUUAUACAUUUGUUACUGCCCCUCCUCCGCCACUGCUUCUUCCUCCUCCACCUCCAGCUUCAGUUACAAGGUCUCAAGGAAAUGAUGACCAAAUCUCAACUUUGGUCAUAGUGGCCAUUGUGGUUCCAAUUGCCAUAUUGCUCUUUUUGGUAGGCUGCUGUUUCUUAAGAAGAAGAGCAAGGAAAAAGUACAAAGUUAUACAACAACAAAAUGUGGGGAACGAAAUUAAUAGCGUGGAGUCAUUGCAGUUUGAUUUGCGUACAAUUGAAGCAGCCACAGACGAUUUCUCUGAUCAGAACAGAUUAGGGGAAGGUGGCUUUGGUGAGGUUUAUAAGGGUACACUUCCUGAUGGGCAACAAAUAGCUGUGAAGAGGUUAUCUAGAGGCUCCGGGCAAGGUGCCGAAGAGUUUAAAAAUGAGGUGGUUUUGGUAGCUAAGCUUCAGCACAGAAAUUUAGUGAGGCUAUUGGGAUUUUGCGCUGAAGGAGAAGAAAAGAUACUUGUUUACGAACUUGUGGAGAACAAAAGCCUUGACCACUUUCUAUUCGACUCUGAGAACCACGUAAAAUUGGAUUGGUCAAGCAGAUACAAGAUUAUUGGUGGGAUUGCUCGAGGGCUUCUCUAUCUCCAUCAAGAUUCUCCGCUUAAAAUCAUACAUCGCGAUCUUAAAGCAAGCAACAUAUUGUUAAACGGGGACAUGAACCCAAAAAUUGCAGAUUUUGGCAUGGCAAGAAUAGUUGGAGUCGACCAAACUCAAGGCAAUACAAGAAGGAUUGUGGGAACAAUGUAA